AUGAAAUUCGAUGAUUUUCUUGCGACAGUCGAUGAUUGGGGUAAAUUUCAAAAAAUUAAAUAUGGUCUUAUUUGCUUGACAUAUAUGUUACCACCAAUAAUGGUAUAUACGUAUACAUUUACAGCAGCAGUACCUAACUUUCGAUGUCAAGAUUCUGAUAUGCUGUUUGAUGAUGGUUAUUUUGCUGAAGCAAAUACUAAUUAUAAUUCAAAAUAUUUACCAACUCAAGAACAAUGUACACGUGCAGAUAAACUUUUAUCACUUAAAGAAUGCCAACGUUGUUAUAUACAAACAAAACCAAAAUUUAAUCAGACAGCAAAUCGACCAGAUAGUAAAAUAGAAAAAUGUAAUAAACAUGUAUUUGAAAAAAUUCAUUAUGACAAAACUUUAGUUGAAGAAUGGGAUAUAGUUUGUGAUCGUAUUAUCUAUCGUUCAGCAGCACAAAUAGUUUUCUUUGUUGGAUAUAUGGUCGGUUCGGUUGUUUUUGGCAUAUUAGCCGAUAAAUAUGGACGUCGUCCUAUAAUGAGUGUUAGUUUUAUUCUAUUGACUGCAUCUGGAUUGUUAUGUGCAUAUGGUCCUCACGCUGCAUUAGGAUUUUGGCCAUCAUAUAUUAUAUUUGUACUUUCUCGAUUUUUAAUUGCAUGUGCAACACGAGGAAUUUCCGUUUCUGGUUUUGUACUUGGUUCAGAAAUAGUUGGACCGAGUAAACGCUUAUUAACUGGAAUUGUCAUUGAAUAUUUUUUUGUAUUUGGUCAAUAUUUUCUCGUGGCUUUUGCAUUUUUUAUUCGAACAUGGAGAGCAUUAACAGGUGCUAUUACAUUAUUUACUGUACCAUUUAUGUUCUUUUAUUUUAUAUUACCUGAAAGUCCUCGUUGGCUUGUUAGUAGAGGACGUUUUGAUGAUGCUGAAAAAGUUUUACGUAAAAUUGCAAGUGACAAUAAACGAGAUUUUGACCCAAAUAAAUAUCAACAAUUAAAAGAAGAACAACAAAAACAUAUGAAAAGUACACAACAUCAACAAGGUAUAAUGAGUUUAUUUAGGUCAAAAAUAAUGUGUAUUAUUAGUUUCAAUCUAUUUCUGCAAUGGCUCGUACAAAAUCUUGUAUUUUACGGUGUUUCACAAAACACAGGAUCAUGGGAUUUAAAUCCAUAUUUAUCUUUUGCACUUAGUGCGACAGUCGAAUUAGUUGCUUAUAUUGUCGUUCAUCUUAUACUUGAUCGUGUUGGUCGUAAACUACCUUAUUGUUUAUUUUCUAUGCUAUUUGGAAUAAUUGCACUUCUUACUAUACCUGUCCAAAAAUACAUGCCUAAGCAAAUAAUAUUAAUGACUAUAAUUAAUUUAUUAUUGAAAUUUUUAGCAUCAGGAUCAUAUGCUAUUAUUUAUAUUUAUGCUAAUGAAUUAUUUCCUACAAAUGUUAGAAAUACAGGCAUGGGUAUUUGUUCGAUGGUUGCACGUAUUGGUGCUAUUAUUGGCACAUUCUGUAAUGAUUAUUUAACACGUAUUUGGAUUUAUUUGCCAAUAGUUCUCUAUGGUAUUGUUUCACUUAUAUCGGCAAUAUUAGCUUUAAUGUUUCCUGAAACAUUAAAUAAAUCAUUACCACAAACAGUUGAAGAUGUUGAACGAAUGGGCAUUAUUGGUAUGAAAAAAAAACAAUUUACAAGUACACUUCCUGAAAGUGAAGCAUUAACAGGGAAUAAUGAGGAUAUAAUACUCAAGGAAAAUAUACAAGCAAAUGAUAUUUCUGAUAGUAAAAUAUAG